UUUACAUUAGUAUUCGUUCUUCAAGCUUACUUGUGUACAUAUGCAAUGGCAGCAGAGCCUCAAGGCUCCCCCAUGGAAGGGGUUCCGGGUACACCAGGAAUCCGGGAGGUGAGACCCGAGUCCGGCUAUGAGAAUUUUGGGUUUUGCACCGAUUCAAGCAGGGACUCAAAUAGCGGAAUACGGAGGGUUAAUUUGAGAGCAGAGAUCGACACCUCACCGCCUUUCGGAUCGGUUAAGGAGGCAGUAACCCGGUUUGGUGGCAGCGGAACUUGGGUGCCGUUGUACAAGUUUGGAGAGGCAUAUAACGGGAUUGAAGAGUUUGACAUAAAGAAAGUGGAAGAACAAGCAGCGGAAUUGGAGAAAGAUCUGAUCGUGAAAGAAUUGCAGACUCUGGAUGUGCUUGAAGAACUUGGAACCACAAAGAAGAUUGUGGAAGAUUUAAAGAGACAGCUCCAGAAUGAAGCAUUCAAAUGCAUUGCCACUCCUACUUCAGAUGAACAGAACAUGCCAUGUCCUGCUAUCAAAGAAAUGAACAAGGAACACUGCCAACAGAUCCGGAUCGGGAGCUCGAACCCCUGCCCGCUUUCGUCUCCCGAUUUGAUCUUGAUGGAGUUGAAACAAGCCAAACUGAACCUUGGGGUGAAGGUGAAACCACAGAUUGACAACGAUUCGAAAACUGAAGUUUCAAGAUCAAAGUCAGUGCCAGGGAUUGAACACAAUAGGCCCUACAGAAAAACUGCUGAAUUGAGGUGGAUUGCAGCCAAGAAGAUGGAGGAAGCUGCCAGGGCAGCCCAGGAACUUGCUCUAAUCGAAAGGAAUGCCCUUACUGGAAUGAAGGGUUUCUCAAGCAAUGACAAUUCAUCAGGAUUUUCCCUGCCGGAACCGCUGCCUCAAAACUUGAAAGUGAUAAGGGCUGAAGAGGUUUCUAACAGGAAAGUAAUCCACGCAAUGCACAAAUUUGCAGAGGCAAAUAUCUCCAAACUGUCAAUCCUGAGGAAGGUGGAAGAAGCUUCAGAAGAAGUUAAACAUAGUAAACAAGCAUUGGAAGAGGCUCUUAACAGAGUCGAAAUCGCAAACAGAAAGCAACUCGAAGCUGUAGAAGCUCUAAGGAGAUGGAUUCCCAAAGAAGAGAAAAAACAGGUAAUAUAUAAUGCCACAAGGAUCAACCAUUUCCAUCCAUCACAGCAUCAACAUCACUGUAUUCCUCGAUCACCGUUACAUGAACUGAUGAACAAGAAAAACCCAACGAUGGAUGAUGAGCCAAAGCCUGUUUUAAAGCCAACAGUUUCAAUGAGGGAUAUUCUGAGUAGGAAACAGCACGUUACUCCUGAAGAGUGUGUGGUGAAAAGGCCUAAUGAAGGGCACAAUACAGAAAGGCAAAGGGUAGCUUUGAGUCAAAUGCUUAAUGAACUAAGGGAAGAUCUGACAUUUCCUCAAGUACCUGAUCAUCAAAAAGAACAUGGAGAUGAUCAAAAGCAGUACUUAACCCAGAGGAGAAAGUUUGGGUUCAUCCACAUAUCUCUUCCAAUGGCAAAGCAAAUCAAGAAGAAACCAUGAGCUUUAAACCAGAAAAACAGGACAAAUUUUAUGACCAUAUUAGAAGAAACAUUGGAAAACCGUCUGU